UUAAGAUGUUGUUUGCGCUAGCCACGAACUGCGCAUUGGCUCGGCUCCAGUCACAGGCUGAAGUUUCGCCAAGCGAAAAGCUGGCCACAGCCCUGAGUUCCUUCACACACUUCCUCAAAAACUUGGGGAUCCGCAAAGACGCAUCGCGCCGUUUUUGGCGUAUCGCGGCGCUCAGAAGGAGCCCUCAAAACGAGGGCGCAUCGGCCGGAUUCGGUCAACCGUCACAUGGCGAUCUUCGUGGAGGCGGAGUGCGCGCUGACACAGGAGGGCGACGAGGUCUGCCUGGCCGGCGCCACGGCCAACCUGGGCGCCUGGGACGUGUCCAAGGCGCUGCGCCUCAGCACAGGCCCGGAGAUCUGGCCCCGCUGGGCCGCGGAGGUCGAAGUGCCCAAGGGUACGGAGUGCAAGCUCAUCCUCCGACGACGUGCGGGGCAAGUGGAGUGGGAGGGUAUCAACGGCAAUCGAACUUGGCCGGAGGCCAGUGCGAAGGCGAAGCUCUCCAUGAAGUUCGGGGUCCCUGACAUGAAUCUCCGUCAGAACAGCGGCUACGCCCCGGCCGCGACGAGUUCCAAAGCCUCGACGGCAUUGACGCCACCCGCCCAAGCCCCCGUGAAUCCAGCGCCGCCAGCGGCCGUGACUCCGGCCGACCCCAACGCCGCGGCUUCUGUGCGCCUGCCCAGCGCAGCGAUGAAAGGGCUGAAGGUGCCGGAAGAAGAGGGCCAUACGUUGACGUCGCCCGGGUCCAGCAAGACGCCCAAAAGCAGGGACUUGAGAGGGCGCUUCAUCAUUGAGAUGGAGGAUGGAUAUGAAACCAACAUCGAAGAGCGCUUUACCAUGGACAAGACCCAGAUUGGGGACGGAGCAUUCAGCGUGGUGACGCGGGCAACGAACAAGGCCACUGGCGCCGUGCGGGCGGUGAAAAGUGUGCUGAAGAGUCGAGUGCCGUCGAUGGAAGCCUUGCACGCGGAGAUUGAGAUGGCCAAGAACAUGGACCACCCGAACAUCGUGAGGUUAUACGCGGUCUACGAGGAUCAACGCCAUGUCUACUUGGUCAUGGAGCUGUGUGAGGGAGGGGAGUUGUUUGACCGGGUCGGAGACGCCUUUACAGGUGGAGAAGAGGUGGUGCGGAAGUGCAUGCGCCAGAUCUUCGCCUCCGUGGCCUACUGCCAUGCCCACAGCAUUGCGCACCGCGACCUGAAGCCGGAGAACUACUUGCUGCAUGACAAGGACAAGCCAUUGGCAGAGACCACCUUGAAGCUCAUCGAUUUCGGCUUGGCCAAGCGAUUGCCGGAGAGCGGGCACCUGAAAACCCGAGUGGGCACACCCUACUACGUCGCGCCGGAGGUUCUCGCUCAGAACUACGGAGAGCCCGCAGAUGUUUGGAGCUGCGGGGUGAUGAUGUACAUCCUCUGUUGCGGCCGUCCGCCCUUCAACGCCGACAAAGACAGCGACAUCCUGAAAUUGAUCAAGAUCGGGAAGUACAGCAUGAGUGAUGCAUGCUGGAGCUCUGUGAGUGACAAUGCAAAGCAUCUCAUCAAGUCUUGCUUAGAGAUGGUUCCGCGCAAGCGCAUUACGGCACAGGAUGCCUUGCAUCAUGAGUGGUUUCAUGCAGAGGCGGUCGCCUCAGGUGCUUUGGACGCGGAUGUCAUGCGGAACUUCCGGUCCUUCAGCAUGGCCAACCGCUUCAGGAAGGCUGCGCUGACGGCAGUGGCGUAUCAGUUAACUGAGGAGGAGCAGAAAGAUUUAAGAGAAGUCUUCAUGAGGCUGGAUACGAACGGGGACGGGCAUUUGAGCCUCGAAGAGAUCAAGGAAGGGUUGAAGCAGCACAUGGAAUUGACCCAGAAGGAUUUGGAGCGAAUCCUUCACGAUGUGGAUUCCAACGGCGACGGUUGGAUCGAGUACACGGAGUUCUUGGCGGCCGCCAUGGACCAGCGCCUGCAGAAGAACGAGUCCGCCUGCUGGCGCGCCUUCAAAACCUUCGACCGGAAUGGAAAUGGGAAGAUCACCUUUGCAGAGCUAGAGCAAGUCCUCGCAGACAAUGACUUGCUCAAGGAAGUUCCUGAUUGCGAGAGUGCCCGCUUCUACUUCGACCAGAUGGAUGCCAAUGGCGAUGGCGAGGUGACCUUUGAUGAGUUCAUGGCAAUGUUGCAUCCCAAAGGCGCUGACCGCGCCAGGAUGCCCAAAACCAUGAGCCUCAGCCAGAUUGCGGACCGAGCAAUGCUGUAGGGAACGCUAGUGUGUUUUAGACAGGGC